AUGCGUCAAAAGCUUUCCUCGGCCUUCGCAGUGAACGUGACGCGCUUGCGUUUACGGCUGAGGGUGAAGCGAAGCAAAGCUUGGCAAGCGCCAGCAACGAAGUGCGCCCCAGCGGUUGAACCAGUGGGCCCGCGGUGCUGCCUGCGCGACACGACGGCCUCUGAGCGGGUGGCACGUACCCAGUUCGCGUCAUCGUCGUCACAAGCAGCAGGCUCUGAGCGACACCUGGAUUUGUCGUGCGCACAGGUAGCUGCAGUGGCUGGAGAGGAGCAGCUCGUGCAUCUACACGAGCGUGAGCAGGCACCGUCGUGCGCCUUGGCCAUGCAAGGUGCCGGAAAGUCGGACGAUGACGUUGCUGGUGGCGAAAGCGUUUUCUUGCGUGCGCAAGCGACGCCACAAAAGCUCGUACGUUGUCGUCAGCACUAUCGGACGCGGUGUCGCAAGUGCUUCCCACUUCAAGAGACGGCGCCCGGUUCGAAGCGUGUUACAAGGCCUGUCGCUACGAAGCAUGCGCCUCAUGAACGUGAUGAUGGGUCAUUGGAGCGAUGGCUUGGCGAGCUCGGUUGGUUGCGCCCGACGCGGCACAGGCACGAUGAUCUUGGCAUGGACGAAUCUGGGCGGCAGGCCUUUCGUCUAGGCAAAAAACUUCAACAGUUGCUCCGCGAACAUCCUGAAGCGAGAACGACGAUUGUACAUGCAGUGUCUGAGGUGUUGGCUCAGUUCAUGGCCGGCUCAGUGGAAUCCGGUCGCGACCGCGUUCUGUUCAUAGCGGCCUGGAUGAUGCAGUCACUCGUGAGAGACGCUCCCGUGACGCCGUCCUCGACCCGACCAGCGUUUUCGUCUUCAAUGAGUGCCUCUCGAGAUCAGUUUGUCUGGACGGACAAUACGUUGCGAGGGAUUCUAACUGCGGUCGAUGCUGUCUUGUGUCGAGACAGCAUGUGCCCUUCAAGUGCGCAUCGGUGGGCUUUCGACGAUCAUCCGCAGCUCGAUACGGACGUUGCACAGGACGUUGCCCCUGCAAACAUUCGUCAGCUGCAUCAGUCGCUGGCGAGUGAAGUGCUACACUGGCGACUACUGCUCGCUCCGGAGGAUGAUGCUGCAAAUGCAAAACGCUUCGCAGACCCUCGAAUCUUGGUAAAUAUGAUCCGCCAGUGGCAGCUCCACACAUUGCACCCAGCAGCAGCCGAACAGGCAGUAGUGCUCAUGCGGGCGUGCGUGUCACGCAGGUGCUGGCGUGCUGCAGUCGAUUUGCUGCAAAUGCUCGGCCGACUAGGCGUACUCGACGGUGUCGUCUGGGGAGAGGAGCGAUCCCGUUUGUUCCAGGAGCUGGUUGCCCAGCAGCAAUGGUCGCUCGCUCGCGAAUGCGCCGAAUCUUGGAAUGGCUUGCAAGGCGUGGAUACACUGCACUUUCUCCGCGGUCGAGUUGUUGCGGAUCCGCCAUGUGUGUCGUCUGCUGGACGCGUUGCCGAUCUGAGACCCCUCCAUGGGAUCGCACUUAUGGACUUGGAUGCGAUACCAACGCCCGCGCUCACAGCCCAGCGUACAGGCGAACCCGCGAGCCAGGUAACCGAUUCAAGCCCGACGACAGCAGCAGCAAUGGAUUCGCCUCCAUUGAGCGUGCUUCGGCUGCCGCCGCAUGUUCGCAUCCACAUGGUUGAUACACCCGUUGCCGUCCACACAUUGAUGCAGUUUGUCGAGAGCAUUUUGCAUCAGCAUUCGGACUCGUGCACUGCGGAUACACCGUGGCUCGACCCUCACUGCGUCGGUCUUGACGUGGAAUGGAGGCCGGUGCGAACGAGCGGCCUUCAACCGCGAUGUGCACUUCUCCAGAUAGCGUUCCCCGCGGAUGUGUUUCUGGUAGACCUACUACGGAUCGAUGCGGAUGCGUUGUUCGCAAUGCGGCUGAAUGAAGCCUUACGCCGCCUUUUUCGCUCACCAGCGAUUCUCAAAGUCGGUUUCUGCUUCAGCUCCGACUUUGUGCGCCUCCGACACUCAUACCUUGGUCUCUCCUGCUUUGACGCAAUCGUCGCAUUGCGAGACCUAGACCGGAUCGGUUCAGAGGGCACGGAUGCGUUUUGCGCUGACCUGGCGACUCUGGUUGGACGCACCAGCGUGCGACGUCGCGGACGUCUCACAGUGGGCCUCGCGCAGCUCGUUGCCGUCUUCCUCGGACGCGCGUUCGAUAAGCGACCCCGUUGCAGUGACUGGGAAGCCCGCCCGCUCACACGAGCGCAGAUCGAGUACGCCGCCCUCGACGCGUGGGUGCUGCUGGCGUUACGGCGGCACGUUCCGUGCGCAUCCGCGUCGCUGAUACGCACUGGAUGGCGGACGGCGCAGGCAGCGCUCGCACGCAUCGAGCGUAUCACGGUUGCCGCUGCCGAUGCAUCAUCCACGCUUGGACACGUGUCCGGGGAAGAUACCUCACACGCACUGCAUUACGAUGCGCUGCAACGCGUAUGCGAUGCGCUGCAGCGGGCGCCCGAGCGAUGGCGACGUCGCCCUGUGUAUCGUGUGGGCGAGACGCUGCUGGCAGGUCCAUUUUGUCUCGUUGAUCGAUUGGCCGCUUUGGAGCGGGCGCCGGCGUCGCUGCAGCGCGCUGCUGCGGAUCGCAUGGGCAAGUGCAUCGCGCUCAUCGCUGGCGGUGCCGAACAGCGCCCGAUUCUCGUCGUCAUGCAGGGGCAGCGUCGAGCACCACUGCGCGAGAUUGCCGAACGUUUGGGUCUUGGCAGCGGGGCGCUGCGUUUUGCAACGCCUUUUGAGUUGGAAACUAUUUUUGGUUUCGCGUCAGGUGCGGUUUCGGCCAUUGGGCUUCGUUGCGAGCGGGUGGAUGGUGGACACGGCAGCUGGACACCGGUGCUUACAUUCAUGGACGCUGCACUGCGUCGUGGCGAGGUCGCUGACGGUGGCAAGGAUGCUGCCGAUGAUCUCAUGUUCUUGUCUGGCGGCUCGCCGGAGAGCGUGGUCGCGCUGCGGGCCUCGGAUCUGCAAUGGCAUCGUCAGGCGGUCUGGUUAACGACGACAGCGACAACGUCACAUCCAGAGUCGAAUGUGCGUGCGGUGGUGUCGGACACGGCCGCGCUGCUCACCGACAAGAGACGACUACGCGCAUCGGCGACCUGGACGGAAACAUACUUUGAUGAUCGUUGCCGGGGGUAUUUUGUUGUGGAUAGUACCAUGGGUGGCCUGGUCAGACGCCUGCGUGCCCUGGGCCUGGAUGUGCUGCAUACGUGCGGAAAAGAUCUAGCGCUUCUCUUCGAACUUGUCUGGACCCGGGAGGAAGACGUUCGAUCUCCUUCGGCAAGCAAGCCGAGGGUGAUCCUCACCCGCGAUGCAGACGUGCUCGCACGAGCAACUCGGUACGGCGUGCCAUGUUAUUACGUCUCAUCGACAAAGACGGAAUCUCAGGCUCGUGAGGUGCUGGGAAAAUUUCGCUUAUCGCCAGCCCCGGAGAAUUUUCUCGCUCGAUGUAUACAGUGCAACUGUGCUCGCUUCGAGCAGCGCUCUCGCGAAGAAGUGCAGACGUUGUUGCCACAGCGAACUGUGAAUUCUUUUCAUAUCUUUUACGAAUGUGCGCGAUGUCACCAACUGUACUGGAAAGGAGCGCACUUUACGAGAGCAACGCGCCAGCUCGAAGAACUGGUGCGUCAGCUGCGUUGCGAUGCACAGCAGACCUGA